CCGCUGUUCGCGUUGACCCGGAAGUGGAGUGUUCACGUGCCGGGUUCCGGUUCCGGGUCGGAGCGAUGGCGGCCACUCGGCUGGAGCUGAACCUGCUGCGGCUGUUGAGCCGCUGCGAAGCGCUGGCGGCCGAGAGGCGGGAGCCGGAUGAGUGGCGGCUGGAGAAGUAUGUAGGUGCUCUCGAAGAGAUGCUCCUUGCAUUAAAGAAACACUCAAGCAAGCCUGCCCCUGAACUGCUGAAUGAAUACUCCCGCAAAGUGGACUUCUUAAAGGGAAUGUUAGAAGCUGAAAAAUUGUCGUCGUCUGCAGAAAAGGCCCUGGCAAAUCAGUUCCUGGCUCCCGGCCGAACUCCCACUACAACCAAAGAGCGAACCCCAGCAACUAAAAUGGUUCAUCUGCAGACAAAGGCUCGCUACACGGGCAAGAUGAGGAGUGAGCUGCUUGGUACGGAUCCCUUGUCUGUCAAUGAGUCUGAAGAGCUAAAUUUAAGGAAACGGAAAGGCCUUGCAUCUGAAGAGAAGCAGUCAGCAGCUGAUCUGGAUGCUGUGUUACAGCAUCAUCGCAGCAUGCAGGAGAAGCUGGCUGAAGAAAUGUUGAGUUUGGCUCGCAGUCUCAAAAACAACACCCUGGCAGCACAGAACGUUAUUAAACAAGAUAACCAGACAUUGUCUCACUCUCUCAGGAUGGCAGACCAUAACUUUGAGAAGCUGAAGGAUGAAUCUGAACGCCUUGAGCAGCAUGCAAAGAAAUCUGUCAACUGGCUGCUCUGGAUAAUGUUAAUUGUAGUUUGUUUUAUUUUUAUUAGCAUGAUCCUCUUUAUCAGAAUUUUUCCUAAACUCCGAUAAUGUGUACAGCCUCCAGGAGCAACAGGUAGAAAGCUAGACAGUAUGUGACACUCUGCCCAUUCCCAGCAAGUCUCUUUGACCAGUUUGGUAAGUACUCACUGUAAGCAGUGACCUACCUCUGAUCAUAUCCUGAAGGGGGUCACCAGGGGCCUAGUCCUCCAUCCCUUCCUUGUGCUCUUACUGGAGUUGGUGAGACACCUUGUGAACAGCUUCCUAAGUUGGGUCCCUCAAGUAUCCCUUUUGCUUGACUAAUAUGGUUGUUUCUUGAGAAAGAAACUGCAAUAAAGAUGGCACUUUCAGUGGAAUAUCCCUAGAAAUAGAUCCUUCCAGGUGCCUUGGUAGAUAUCUGCCGUCCACUUGUGAUGUGGCUAAGGCAAAUGCUAUUGUUCCUUUAUAAGGGAGUUUACUUUCAUUGGAACAGUACACAACUGAAGGAUUAAAGACCAUAUAGAAUCAUAGAAUAUCAGGUUUGGAAGGGACCUCAGGAGGUCAUCUAGUCCAACCCCCUGCUCAAAGCAGGACCAAUCCCCAAUCAAAUCAUCCCAGCCAGGGCUUUGUCAAGCCUGACCUUAAAAACUUCCAAGGAAGGAGAUUCUACCACCUCCCUAGGUAACGCAUUCCAGUGUUUCACCACCCUCCUAGUGAAAAAGUUUUUUCUAAUAUCCAACCUAAACCUCCCCCACUGCAACUUGAGACCAUUACUCCUUGUCCUGUCCUCUUCUACCACUGAGAAUAGUCUAGAACCAUCCUCUCUGGAACCACCUCUCAGGUAGUUGAAAGCAGCUAUCAAAUCCCCCCUCAUUCUUCUCUUCUGCAGACUAAACAAUCCCAGUUCCCUCAGCCUCUCCUCAUAGGUCAUGUGUUCCAGACCCCUAAUCAUUUUUGUUGCCCUUCGCUGGACUCUCUCCAAUUUAUCCACGUCCUUCUUGUAGUGUGGGGCCCAAAACUGGACACAGUACUCCAGAUGAGGCCUCACCAAUGUCGAAUAUUUGCUCUUUAGAAACCCACUGACUUUAACAGGACCCUUGCUGCAAUUGUCUUUGUAACCAGCCUGUAGCAGGUAUGGAGGGAGCAUUGUUAUUGAGUGGGCCCCCUUGGGUCAGAGUAGGCAAGAAGGAAAAUUAACUUCACAACCUUGCCUUCCCGCCUAUUGGACUCUGGUCACGGAAGUCUCCUGAAGCCUGGAUUUAUGGGAGAAGACGGAGGUUGGAAGCAUCUAGUUUGGGAAGCCUGAAUAAACCGGCUCAUCUCCUCUUACAAUCACAAACCCUAACAUGCAACCAAAGUACAGAGCGUGUCAUUUACCUUUAUUCCAUUCCUUCAGGAAGCAGCUGAUGGUGGCUGUUCAGCCCUGAACAUGCAAUGUACUUCAGACUGUGCAGACCCUGCCUGCCUAUGCAUCUUGUUGCUUCACUGUAAAAUGAGAGUCGAGGAAGUUGGUCUCUCUUUAAAUAAGGCAUUUACUUAAGGAAAAUAUCAGCCAGUAUCUUCUGGGCUGGGCUUAUUUGCAUGUUUGCCUUCCUUAACUCUUAUUGUUUUUCUAGUGGAAGAUACCCUGAAGUUUUCAGCCAUGUUCUGCUCUUGAUGAAGUGCUGGCUUGCUGUACUGGAUGAAAAAGAGAGCAGUGUAAUCAUCCCACCCAACCUGCUCAUAAAGAGAGGGUGUGAGAUUCUGUCUCUCCUGCCCUAACUUUUAAAGCAUCAGUACUGCAAAGUGCCUGCUUUCACUUCAGUUUAAACCAUUCUUACAAACUGUUACUGUUGGUAUUCUGUAUAUUGCUGUCUAUUUUGUACAAGUUUGUAUUGGUUUCUCUUUGACUUAUGUAUUACUAUAUGAUUUUCAUAAUUAGAAGCAACUGCCAUCUUCUCUCUA